GCGCCUUCUCCCGUCGUCAUCGCCUGGCCGUCUCGGUCCCGCGAGAGAGACGCUGGCGCCUCCGACGUCCAUGGCGCCGCCGCGGCCCUUCGUGCACCGCCCCGCCGCUCCAGGCGGCGGUGGGCUCCUGCAGGAGCCCUCGGCGGGGCCGGCGGUGUGGGUCGGCCCGGGCGAGGUGCCGGGGCUUCUGCGGCUGGCCGAGUGGCACCUCGAAGCUGGCGCGGUCUCGGCGCCGCUGCCCCCGGAGGCCGCCCGCGCCUCCAGCGUGUGCUGGGGCCUGGCGGGCGCGGGCCGCGUGCGGCUCCUGCCGCGGGGCGGCGCGGCCUCGGAGCUGCCGCUCGGGCCCGGCUGCAGCGCCGCAGUGCCUCCGGGGCUGCCCUACGAGCUGGUGGGGCCGUGCCGGUGUUGGGAGGUCUGGCUGUGCCCACCCGAGGCGUCCGAGAACGACGCCAGCUGCGCCCCAUGCGCCGCGCCCGGCACCUCCCCGCCGUUGGCGCCGCCGCGGGCCCUCGCCGCGGACGACGCCAUGCUCGCGCCGCAGCCCACCGCGCACAGCGCCGCGGCGGCGGCCGCUGGCAGCGGCGCGUCCUCGAAGAGGGUGCACCUCAAGUACGGCCAGCUGCCCCGCGUCUUCCAGCUCAGCACCGCCCAGCUGGGACCGGGACAGCCGGUCGAGCGCCACCUGCACCCCGACGCCUCGGAGCUGUACAUCGGCCUCCUUGGGCGGCACCACCUGUGCUGCGAGGCGCCGCCGGCCGCUGGAGGCGGAGGCGGCGACGCCGCUGCCUCCGCAGGCGCCGCCGAAUGCCAGAGCGAGGCCCGAGCCGCGGGAGCGGAGGAGCCGGCGGCGGUCGAGCACGACCUGGAGAUGUCCCCGGGCUCUGUCGCCCUGGUGAACCCCGGCACGUACCACCGGGUGUGGCUGGACGAGCCGAGCGAGCUCGUCAUGAUGCUCUUCUCCGCGGGGCCGUGAGGUUGCUCUCGCCGGCGAGCGCGGCCAGAAAA